UUAUGCAGGAACAACUCACCUGAUGACAACACACCCUGCACUCCUGGCCAUUCUGAGACAAGCCCUCGCCGAGGACACUGCGACACUUCAACACAUCCCCAGCACCGCGGAGCAUCUGGACCGAGGUCCCUGAACCAGACGCCUCUACCCAGACACCGCCCCCUCCGCCAUGGGGAGGAUAGGAAAGGAAGUGGCCGGCCAGGUGGUGAGCUUCAUCGGCCUGUCCUUGGUGGCGGUCACCUGUGGCAUCCCCAUGUGGAGGACCACGUCGUUUAUCGGCGCCAACAUCGUGACGGGGCAGACCAUCUGGGACGGCCUGUGGAUGAACUGCGUCCAGCAGAGCACGGGCCAGAUGCAGUGCAGGCUCAGCGAGAAUGUGAUCCAGCUCAGCGCGGACCUGCAGGCCGCCAGGGCCCUGGUCAUCAUCUCCCUCAUCGCCGGCUUCAUCGGCUUCAUGCUCACCUUCGUCGGGGCCAAGUGCAUGGGCUGCCUGGAGACCGACGCGUCCAGGUCCAAGGUGGUGAUCCUGGGCGGCUGCCUCAUCAUCUUCUCAGCCAUCCUGGUCCUCAUCCCUGUGUGCUGGUCCGCCGCCAUCACCGUCGCAGACUACCGGAACCCCCUGACCAUCGAGACUCAGAGGAGGGAGAUCGGCGCGUCCAUCUACAUCGGCUGGGCGGCCGCGGCGCUGCUUCUGGUCGGGGGCAUCACUCUCACGACCUCCUGCCCGCCGCAGAAGAAGAUGUACGGAUACCCGGGCUACGGACCCCCACCGAUGUACCCCUACCCGGGGGCACCGAUGCCCAAUCCUGGCAACUAUGGUCCGGUCUACGCCCCGCCGUCGAGGGUCUAUUCUGGAACAGGCUCCUAUGGGCCGAGCAAACCUUAUGGAGCCCCCACAGUGAACUCUGGCACACAGUACCUGUAGCAGGGCUGACAUGGCCUUGUAGAAAUACUCUGUGAAUUAAGACUUUUAAACUGAUCGUUAACCAGGAAGCCGUGUGGCUGCUGCUUUGCUAAGGUGGCAGAGAAAUUUAGAGACUUUAUAUUGAAAUAUCUGCAUGAGACUGAGACUGUGGAAUCGGUGAUGUGAUUAUUUUGAAAUGUAAUUAUUGCAAACCUUUGAUCAUUUUUGAAGUUCUUGAAAAUAAUUUCCUCAUCGAUAGGAUGAGUAAUGUUUACCAAACAUUGUCUUCUUUUGCAUCAGGAGAUGAGAUUGGAAACAGUUUGACUUGUGAUCUAAUGGCACUGUAUAUAUUGUUGUAACAUAUUAAAAACAAUUUAAAGAAAACAAUUUUCCUGUGCAAAGAAACAUUUGUGAAGUGUGAGUGUUUUAUCCAAUAAAAUAAACUUGAAAAUAUG